UCCUUCACGGAUGUCCUGUACCUCAAUCAGACAGUGACGGCUCAGCUUGAAGGUGUCUUGCUAUAAUUUUUUUGAAUCAUUCACAAAAAAAAAACCUUUUUUUAUCGGAAUAAUUUGCGUUAUCAGAGCCUUCUGACUGAUAUAAUUCUGAUAAAUAUUAUAUAUAUUGUAAUCUAUACGAUUGUGGACGUUAAAAUAUUGAAAUUAAAAUCAUUUCGUGUGGUUCAAUUGUGAAACAGCACCAUGCGUUUAAUUGGCGUCAUCGUUUUGGCGCUUGUCGCGCUUACAUGGGCUGAUGGACCACUGCCAUUCGAAACUGAAGAUGUAGAAAUCUUAAACGCUGAGGCAGGAGAUAACAAUUACCGCCUACCUGAAGAUUUGGACCCUAUAAGUUAUGAUAUCGAAAUAACUCCAUACUUCACAGAAGAGACCACUCCACCAGGAAAAUCUCAAUUUAGUUUCGAUGGUACCGUCAGCAUUGUCUUCAAGGUCAUCAAGCCCAAUCUGAACUCUUUUGUCAUACAUGAAAAUGUAAGAUUAGUUGAGGGUGUAAGAUUAUUUAAGACAGAGAAUGAUGCCGUCGUUCCUUUGCUGAGUGGACGACAAUUUGAACGUGAUACAGAUCACCAGUUCUUGAAAAUCAAUCUGGAUACAGGCACUACUUUAGAAGUAGGAGCUGAAUACAAACUGUUGGUUAUAUACGUGGGGAAUAUAAACGAAACCCCUCUAUCUAGAGGUGUAUUCCGAGGAAAUUAUAAAGAUGAAAAAGGAGUUACACGCUGGUAUCUGGCCACCCACCUUCAGCCCACUCACUCCAGGCAGGCUUUCCCAAGCUUCGAUGAGCCUGGAUUUAAGUCCACCUUCAGAAUCACAAUUAACAGGCCAACUAGCUUCUCUCCAACAUACUCCAACAUGCCCCUUGAAGUUUCAUUAAAUCAAGGAGAACGCACUAAGGAGAUCUUCCGAGAGACCCCAAGAAUGUCAGCUUACUUGGUGACAUUCCACGUCAGUGAUGGCUUCAAAGUAAUUGCUGAUAAUGAUGAUAAAGAAAGGCCUUACAGAAUCCUUGCAAGAUCUAACGCUGAAGGCCAAGGAAAAUAUGCUUUGGAAAUAGGAACACCUAUUACCAACUGGCUUAGCGAUUAUUUGAAAAUCGAUUAUUAUUCUAUGGCUAAGUACCUCAAGAAUGACCAGAUUGCUUCACCUUACUGGGCUUCUGGAGCUACUGAAAACUGGGGAUUAGUGACUUACAGAGAACUUCGUCUGCUCUACGAAGAGGGCGAAACAAAUGCUGUUGACAAACUUUCUAUCGGUACUAUAACUGCUCACGAACUUGCCCACAAGUGGUUCGGUAACCUGAUCACCUGCAGAUGGUGGGACAAUGUCUGGAUCAACGAAGGUUUCGCUAGCUACUUCGAGUACUUCGCUAUGCAUGCCGCAUACCCUGAAUUAGAGUUGGAUGACCAGUUCAACAUUAUGUACGUUCAAAGCGCACUAUCAGCUGACUCGGCAACUAGUACCAGAGCUCUACAGCAUACCGUCAAUAGCCCGACCGAGGUCACAGGACAUUUCUCUGGCAUCAGUUACUCUAAAGGAGCUUCCUUCCUCCUUAUGUUAAAACAUUUGGUAUCUGACGACACUUUCCAGCAGGCUUUGUACAACUUUUUGGAUGACAGGAAAUACCAACAUGCUUUCCCGUCACAUCUUUACGAUGCUUUUGAGAAGACAUUAUCGGAAUCAAAGCAAGAAAUAAAAACGACAGAGGGUAACAACCUGGACAUUAAAUCCUUCAUGUCCUACUGGGUCUUAGAGCAAGGGUACCCUGUUCUCAACGUCAAUGUCAACCGUGAAGCUGGCACCAUCGCACUCGAACAGGAACGAUUCUUCGUUAGUCCAACCGCGACUGCCACACAGCAAGUAUGGCCUCUACCUAUAACCUACACUACUCAAAGUAGCCCGAACUGGACUGAUCUCAGCCCUGUCAAAGUAAUGAAUACGAAGACCGACACUCUCCAGAAUGUUCCAACUGAUGGCUGGGUCAUCUUCAACGUGCAACAAAAGAAUAUCUAUAGAGUGAACUACGACACGGAGACUUGGUUGAAGAUUGCACAACAACUUCAAACUGAUCACAAUGUUAUACAUCACUUGAACAGAGCGCAGAUUGUGGAUGACGUCUUCGCGCUCAUGCGAUCUGAGAAGUUAUCAUUCCAAGUUGGUUUUCAAGUUCUGCAGUUCCUGGAGAAAGACACAAGCUUCUACUCUUGGUACCCAGCCAUAUCCGGAUUCAACUGGUUGAGAAAUAGGUUCUUGCACACCGAGCCACUAGCACUUUUCGACCAAUACGUCUUCCGCCUACUCGACAAUGUCAUCAAGGAUCUUGGCUUCGAAGUGGAACCCAAUGAGCAUGUAACCAGGACCCUGAACAGAUUCUAUUUACUCAAUUUCGCUUGCAACAUGGGUCAUGAAGAGUGUAUCAAUAAUUCAGUGAAUAGGUUUAAGAGUUACAAAUCUGGUGUUACAACUAGCGUCAACCCCAACUUGAGACGUCAUACCUUCUGUGAGGGUCUCCGAGCUGGUGACUUUGAGGACUGGAGUUUCAUAUUCAAGCGUCGUCAGGGAUCCAAUAACCAGGCUGAUGAGGUAGCAAUGUUGAGAGCCCUGGGAUGCACCAAGAACGAUCAAGCUAGAAACGAAUACCUGAAAAAUAUCUUGACUGAUGACGUUAAGGCUCAAGAUCGAUUGAAUGCCUUCACCUUCUUCUACAUGGGAGACCAGUCUAACGCUAAAUUCGCUCUGCCAUUCAUUAAAGAAAACGUGAAGGAGAUCGAAAAAGCGGUGGUUCUGCCUGCGUGGUUCCAAAAUAUAUUUGCAAACAUCGCUGGCUACUUGGAUGAGGAAGGCCUAAAAGAAUACGAAACUAUGCUGACAUCGAUCCAAACGGAAUAUCCCACUGCGUUCACUGCGGGUAACAGCGCGAUCGCUUCAGCUAGGGCAAACAUCAAGUGGGGCAGCGAUAAAGUUGAACAGAUUAUAUCAGUGGUUGAUGAUCUAUCACCUACAACGACACCAGCACCAUCGUCUAGUGAGGAACCUACUACAGAAACUCCAGCUCCAGGGUCUGCAACAGUUGCUUUCCCAGCCACCUUAAUGUUCUUAUGGACAGCAUUAGCCAUCAUACUGAAAUAGAAACUAAGUUAAUUGUUUACCACUAUUUUUUACAAAAAUGUAUUUUCCCUAAUUGCCUUCGUUGACACAACAAUGUAAUUCUUGAUUAAGUUUCAUUAAAUAUUUCAAAAAAUUGUCUAGGCUAGGCUAAGAUUAAAAAUAAAUAUGAUCACUGGAACAGUUCAUUACCUAUAAUAUUUAUUUUGAGUAGUGGAAGGAGAUCGUGAUAGUAAAAGGAUACUGUAUAUACGUUUGCUUUUUUAUUGUAAGGAGGUUCUAGUCUCUGUUUUAGGAUUCAUUUGUAAGGGUACAGGGUUGAAACGCAUUGAAGUGAAAAUUAGUAAUUUUUUUUAUGGAUGUUAAUUAUAUGAGUCUCUCACCCACCCGAGAACGGGCGGAAUGUUUGAGACUCAAACCACUUAUAAAUACGAAGCUCUACUAGUAUUGCUGGGCUUAACCUCGUUUGAGUGCGGCAUCUAGCGGCGCAAACUGCAAGACAAUACACUAUAUCGGGUCUCUCAAAAGGCCUGAGAGCUCAAAACUCUCGCCUGCAGUAGCAGACAGCGAAUGAUACUUCCAAAACAGGCCUCGGCAUGGAACGCGAUUCCUCCCAUCCCACCAGUUGGGGAGCGGUGAGAUGACUUGCUUGCUGGAGAUAAGGUUGAAUUUACUAUGUAAUACUACUAAAAUUUUUGGUUCAAUACGAUAUAACCGACCCUUAGCAAUUUUGUGAUAACAGACACAAUAGGCAGAAUGUGCUGUGAAAACAACUUACAUUAUGUUAUAUAUUGUGUACCUGUACCAAAAAGUAUUUUAUUUCAUAUUUCA